UUCUCCUCGCUCACAAAUUGGGCGACCGUGAAUUUUCUGCGAAAUCUAAACAUUGCUGAACAAUUGUUCAAAAUUUAUAUUUCAUCCUGUUGUUCAACGAAAAAUAGAUUUCACUUUUCAUUUCAUGUAUAACCAACUUUGUCGCCGUGUCUCAUGGACCGUUCGUGAAGCAAAUCAUUUCAAAUUAAGAUCUUCAGUUUUCAUUCAAAUAAAAAGUAGAUUCGUACACAACACGGGUAGAUCCAACAUUGCCAACAAAACCGGAAUCGGCAGUAUUAUGGAAACGACACUGGCAAAUAAUGCACCCAUGCCAAAACUGGCGACUGUGACAGCUGGGAGUGAAAAACUAAGUAGGUUCGAUAACAUUACAAAAUCUCAGCAGGAUAGUCGAAACUAUCGCGGACUCCAACUACCGAACGGAUUAAAGGUGCUGUUAAUCUCUGAUCCUACAACCGACAAAUCGGCAGCUGCGCUAUCGGUCGAAGUUGGUCACCUUAGCGAUCCCGAAGAGAUUCCCGGAUUGGCUCACUUUUGCGAGCAUAUGUUGUUUCUCGGAACGAAAAAGUUCGUCAACGAGAAUGAUUAUACAUCCUUUCUGUCGGAGAACGGAGGGAGCUCAAACGCGGCGACCUAUGCCGAUACUACCAAGUAUUAUUUUGAUGUGGUCCCGGAAAAACUUUCGGAAGCUCUGGAUCGUUUCUCGCAGUUUUUCAUAGCCCCACUCUUCACUGAGUCGGCCACCGAAAGGGAAAUCAAUGCUGUUAAUUCUGAGCAUGAGAAGAAUCUUUCGAUGGAUGUGUGGCGAAUAAGACAAGUGAAUAAAUCACUUUGUGAUCCGAAGCAUCCGUAUAAUAAGUUCGGAACUGGGAAUAAGAAAACGCUCUCUGAAGAUCCCAAAGUUCAGAAUAUCAACAUAAGAGAAGAGCUGAUUAAGUUUCAUUCGAAGUGGUAUUCAGCGAAUAUUAUGAGUUUGGCCGUGUUUGGUAGAGAAUCGCUAGAUGAAUUGGAAGCUAUUGUGGUGCAGAUGUUUUCUGAUAUUGAAAACAAAGAUAUAACAUCUCCCACUUGGAAUCAACUACCUUUCAGAGAAGAACAUCUUGCUACAAAAACGAUGGUAGUACCAGUAAAAGAUACACGUUCGCUAACGAUCACGUUCCAAACCGAGGAUCUCGAAAAGCACUACAAAUCUGGACCGGACCACUAUGUUAGUCAUUUGAUCGGCCAUGAAGGUGUAGGGAGUAUCCUGUCUGAGUUGAAGGCAAAGGGUUGGUGCAACAAUCUGGUGAGCGGAUACAGCACAAUUGGACGGGGUUUCGGCUUCUUUGAAGUCAUGGUUGACCUCACGCAGGACGGGUUUGAACACAUUGACGACAUAGUGAAAGUUAUAUUCCAAUAUGUAAACUUACUACGGGAGAAAGGCCCCCAGAAAUGGAUCUUUGAAGAGUAUUGCAAUCUGUGUGAAAUGCAGUUCCGUUUCAAGGAUAAGGAAAACCCGCUGUCGCUAGUGUCGAAUGUUGUUCACGCGAUGCAGAGUUAUCCGUUGGAUCAAGUACUCUCGGCUCCGUAUCUCAUUUCCGAUUGGCGGCCUGAUCUGAUUGAGGAUCUGUGGAAUAAAUUCGAUCCGAAAAAUGCUAGAAUUACGAUAGUGGGGCAGAAGUGUGAAAAGAAAGCCCACUGCGAGGAAGAGUGGUACGGUACUAAAUACUCGAGUGAAAAAAUUCCCGGAGGCGUUUUGGAGCAUUGGGCUGAACCGGACCUGAACAACAAUCUACACCUACCUGCUCCGAAUCUAUUCAUACCGACCGACUUCGAGCUGAUGCCAGUGGAUAGCGAUAUUCAGAGCAUUCCGGUAAUCAUUCACAACACGCCAAUGAUGCGUGUUUGGUUCAAACAGGAUGUGGAGUUCCGUAAGCCUAAAACGUUGAUGAAUCUAGAUUUCUGCAGCCCCAUCGUGUACUCGGAUCCGCUCAAUUGUAAUCUGACGCACUUAUUCGUGCAACUAUUUAAAGACCAUCUGAAUGAGUAUCUGUAUGCGGCCGAUCUAGCGGGAUUGCGGCUUGUGGUUUCGAAUACAACGUAUGGCAUCAGCGUAUCCAUCGGAGGAUACAGCCAUAAACAGCACAUUCUAUUGGACAAAGUGCUAGAAGAUAUGUAUAACUUGAAGAUUGACGAGAAAAGGUUUGACAUUUUGAAGGAACAAUAUGUGAGGAAUUUGAAGAACUACAAUGCAGAACAACCAUACCAUCAUGCGGUUUACUAUCUUGCGCUCUUGCUUACCGAGCAGGCUUGGUCUAAGCAGGAGCUUAUCGAAGCUUCAGAAUUGGUUACCGUGGAAAGACUUCGAUCAUUCGUCGACGAGCUGUUGUCUCGAAUGCACGUCGAAUGUUUCAUCUACGGAAACGUCAACAAGGAAAAGGCAUUGCGCAUCUCCAAUGUGGUGGAAGAUAAGUUGAAAAACACAGAUGCCAGUAUAGCGCCACUUUUGGCUCGCCAGCUGAUGUUGAAAAGAGAAUUCAAGCUUAAUACAGGCGAAAACUGUCUGUUCGAAGCAACUAACGAUUGUCAUAAAAGCUCGUGCGCUGAACUAUAUCUGCAAUGUGGUAUGCAGAAUGAUCAGUCUAAUGUGUACGUGGAUUUGGUAACUCAAAUUUUGAGCGAACCAUGCUACAACCAAUUACGUACCAAGGAACAAUUGGGUUAUAUUGUAUUUUGUGGAUCGCGGAAAUCGAACGGAGUCCAAGGCAUACGCGUCAUUGUUCAAUCGGCAAAACAUCCGGCUUACGUAGAAGAAAGAAUAGAAAAAUUCUUGAAUCAAAUGAUAGAUCAUUUGGACAGUAUGACUGAUGAGGAGUUUAACCGGCACAAGGAAGCGUUAGCCUCUCAGAAACUUGAGAAACCCAAAAGAUUAUCAACCCAGUUCACAAAAUUUCUGAACGAAAUUUCACUCCAACAGUACCAUUUCAAUCGCGCGCAGGUAGAAGUAGCUUUCUUGCAGACGUUAACUAAGCAGCAGAUAAUCGAUUAUUACAAGGAAUAUAUCGUGUUAGGGGCUGCAUCACGGCGGUCGCUUUCGAUCCAUGUUGUAUCCACGGCUGAAGGAGGCUCUGGUUACAAGGAUGCACCCUCUGAGGUCACCGAGCGCACCACAGAUGAUGACUCUAGUAAAAAAGGUUUUAUACAAGUGCGUGAUCUUGCGAGCUUCAAAUCGACUCGAUCACUUUAUCCAUUGCUUCAACCUUAUAUUGACAUCAAGCCGAAAGGUAGUUUGUGUAAGUUAUAAGCUUUCACAAGAGACAAUGUACAGUAAAUGAAUGAUAUAGCUAUUUUUCCGAAUAGGAUGACCUUUUUUGUUCUAGUUGUACUUUGUAGAUACAAUUUUUUGUUAUUCAGUUAUAGUUUACGAAUAAUUAGUUUUUAAUAUUUUCAAAUUGACGAUCGAUUUAUUAUGUUCACACACAUACAUACUACAUGAAUGUAUUAAUAACUAGCACAGUACUUCUAUUCAACAUUAAAAGUUCAUAAAUAUAUCACCACUUCAA